CACACCACCGAGGAGACUCUUAAAACUUAAACCGCAGCCUGUUGCUCGGACAUUAUUGAAGCAGCAUGUCGUGGCUCUUCGGCUGGGGGAAGAGCUCCGGUUCGCCGCCGGUGGAGGAGCAGACGGCUGCUGAAGGGGCCGGGGGAGCACCGGGAGGAGCAGGGGGCGACAAACCCAGGGACAAGUGGAGCAACUUUGACCCGACUGGGCUGGAGAGAGCUGCAAAAGCUGCAAAGGAACUCGACAAAUCACGACAUGCCAAAGAAGCGCUGGAACUGGCUCGCAUGCAGGAGCGGACUCUGCACCUGGAACAUGAGAGUAAAGUUAAAGAAUAUGAGGCAGCUGUGGAGCAGCUGAAGGGCGAGCAGAUCCACCUCCAGGGCGAGGAGAGACGCAAAACACUGGCAGAGGAGACAAAGCAAAACCAGGCAAGGGCACAAUAUCAAGACAAACUAGCCAGACAGAGGUAUGAUGAUCAACUCAGGCAACAGCAACAUCUCAAUGAGGAGAACCUUCGCAAACAGGAAGAAUCAGUUCUGAAGCAAGAGGCCAUGAGAAAAGCUACCAUUGAACAUGAAAUGGAGUUGAGACACAAGAAUGACCUGCUCCGUGUUGAAGCCGAGGCCAAAGCCCGCGCCCAGGUGGAGAGGGAGAACGCAGACCUGAUCCGGGAACAGAUCCGCCUGAAAGCUGCUGAACACAGACAAACUGUCCUUGAAUCUAUAAAGACGGCGGGAGCAGUGUUUGGGGAGGGAUUCAGGGCCUUCGUCUCAGACUGGGACAAACUCACAGCCACGGUUGCAGGGUUGACUCUGUUGGCAGCAGGAGUGUAUUCAGCCAGGAAUGCCACAUCGGUGGCUGGGCGCUACAUCGAGGCUCGUCUGGGCAAGCCCUCACUGGUCCGAGAGACCUCCAGGAUCACUGUUGCAGAGGCCAUCAAACACCCAAUCAAGACAACCAAGCGUCUGAGAAGCAGACCACAGGAUGCUUUGGAGGGCGUGGUGCUCAGCGCAGCUUUGGAGGAACGUGUGAGGGACAUUGCCAUUGCUACUCGUAACACCAGGCAGAACAGAGGCUUGUACAGAAACAUCCUGAUGUACGGACCCCCUGGAACUGGAAAAACACUCUUUGCUAAGAAAUUGGCUCUCCAUUCAGGGAUGGACUUUGCCAUCAUGACAGGUGGGGACGUGGCACCCAUGGGGCGCGAUGGAGUCACUGCCAUGCACAAGGUGUUUGACUGGGCCAGCACCAGCAGGCGAGGCGUCUUGCUGUUCGUGGAUGAAGCUGAUGCAUUCCUGCGAAAGAGAGCCACAGAGAAAAUCAGUGAGGACCUCAGAGCCACCCUCAACGCAUUCCUCUACCGCACUGGGGAGCAGAGCAACAAGUUCAUGCUGGUGCUUGCCAGUAACCAGCCAGAACAGUUCGACUGGGCCAUUAAUGACCGCAUCGAUGAGAUUGUGAACUUUGCGUUACCUGGUCUGGACGAGAGGGAAAGAUUGGUGCGCCUUUAUUUUGACAAAUUUGUGCUGGGUCCGGCCACUACAGGGAGACAGAGAUUAAAGUUGGCUCAAUUUGACUAUGGCGUGAAGUGCUCAGACAUUGCCAAGCAAGCAGAAGGCAUGUCUGGCCGUGAAAUCUCCAAACUUGGUGUGGCCUGGCAGGCUGCAGCAUACUCUUCUGAAGAUGGAGUUUUGACUGAACUGAUGAUAGAUUCAAGAGUUGAUGAUGCCAUCAAGCAGCAUGCACAGAAGAUGGACUGGCUGCUGAUGGAAGCAGGUGAGGGGGUUGGCAAGGUCGGUGUACACGUCCCUAAGGAGACGGCUGCACCCACCACAGCACAGGAAGCUGCUUCACUUGCACAAACCGAAGAUACAACCCCAACUGUACAACAAGUCCUUCCAUUCAUUGAGGCUGUGAGCAGUGCUGCCCAGGCGGAAGCAGCCGCUGCACCUUCAGAAGUGGAGGCAGGUGCUAUCCUCACAGAGGCAGCCACUUUGGUUAAAGAAAGUGAAGCAACUGUAGGAGCUCCAGCCUUGAGUGAAACAGUUGAAACCAUUGUUGAGACAGCUACUGCUGUUCCCUUGGUCCAGGAGGCUGAGGCCAUCAAGGACCUCACUGAGGAGGUCCCAGCUGUAGCUAUAGACUCUGUUGUGACAGAGGUAAAGGAUAUAGCCACUGAGAUUAAAGAGGCUGAGGGUAUACCAGCUUCCACUGCCCAAGAGACUGUUGCUGCCGUAGCUGCGGCAGAGACUGAGGCCAUCGAAGCAGUCAAGGAGGAAAAAGAUGUUGUGGCAGACUCGGAAACGACGGUCUCUGCUGUUGCUCAAGAGAAGGAAUUGGAUGCUGUUGCACAGGAGCCAGAGACUACAGUAGCUGGACUCUCCCAGGAGACUGUAGUCCAGGAAAUUGAUGCCACUGCUGGUGGUAUGGAAACUGAAGCUACUAAGGCUGUCGAGGAAGUAGCUACUGAUGUUGUAAAGGUUGCAGAGGAAAUUGCAAACAAUGUAGUGGAAGUGUCUGAGUCCCUAGCAAACAUUGUUAAAGAGGCUGAAGUGAUAGCAGCUGAUGUGGCCAAGGUGGCAGAGGCUGUAGCAGCCAUCACUGAGGAGAUGGAGGCAGUCGUCAUCAAGGAGGUUGAAACAGUAAGUGACGUUGUUAAGGACCAAAAUGAGGUCGUAGUGGAAACAGCGUCUGAAACAUCAGAGGUUAUUAAAGAGGUUGAAGCAGUAGUGACUGAGACUGCUGCCGAGGAAGCUGAAGUCCCCCCUGCAGAGGUUCCCAAGGAUGCCGAAGUUGCACCUGCAGAAGUUCCUAAAGAAGCGGAAGUCGCUCCUGCAGAGGUUCUGAUGGAAGCCGAAGUUGCAGCUGCAGAAGUUUCCAAGGAAGCAGAAGUCGCCGCUGCAGAGGUUCUCAAGGAAGCAGAGGUCUCUCCUGCAGAGGUUCUCAAGGAAGCAGAGGUCUCUCCUGCAGAGGUUCUCAAGGAAGCAGAGGUCUCUCCUGCAGAGGUUCUCAAGGAAGCAGAGGUCUCUCCUGCAGAGGUUCUCAAGGAAGCAGAGGUCUCUCCUGCAGAGGUUCUCAAGGAAGCGGAAGUCACCCCUGCAGAGGUUCUGAAGGAAGCUGAAGCCGCUCCUGCAGAGGUUCCCAAGGAAGCGGAAGUUGCCACUGCAGAAGUUCCUAAAGAAGCAGAAGUCGCCGCUGCAGAGGUUUCCAAGGAAGCUGAAAUCCCAACAGCCAAGGACACUGACACUGUGGCUACAGAAGAUGUGACACCCCCUAAGACUAACGAGGUGGCUGCCAAGGUGGCUGAGGCAGAAACAACUAAGGAUGCUGUGGAAGUAGAGACUGUAGUAACUGAAGUCACUGAUGAUAAGAACGCAGCAGCUGUUCCCAAGGAAGAAACCAAGGUGGAUGCCGAGACUGUUAUGACGGAACAGUCAGACAAACCUGAGAGUCUAACCACUGAGAAGACCGCUGCCUCUCAGACUCCCAGUACUGAACCCGGUCAAACUGAGAAGCCUCUCAAUGACAAACCAGCCAAGCCUAGUCCAACGAAAUGAUCCCUUGAAAACUUUGAUGAAAUGCUUGUGAAUAAAGAGCUGUUGUAGUAAUUGUUAGACACUCAAGCCUCAAGUGUUAACAUUCACCUUGAAUUGUGUUUACUCUAUCAGUGUCUUUGUAACUCAAUUACUGUGAAUGCCAACAUUAAGAAAAUAGUUUGAUUAUGGCCUGUAGGUUUGCAAGAGUCUCAGUAAAAGCUUGUGUGGACCACUACGAUUAUCCAACUUGUGCAUUCUGCUUUCUUCCUUUCUAUUUUCUGUGUGUCGUUGCCAUUUUCAAAGUCUCUGGCUGUGACAAUUUGAAUGUUUGCCCUCUGAAAGCGAUGUUCUCACAUGUUUGCUGACCAGUUCUGGCACAAGUUCAAUACUGUUCAGUCGUUCAAAACAUUUCUUCCUUGGCACUUCUCAGCAAGAGCUCAGCAUUUGCAAUUGAGACCAGCUCUUGCCAAGUUCAGCCAGACCCUUAUUUAAAUGUAGCUUGGUGAUCCUCUGUAGGCCUAACAAUGUGACACUAGUAAUCCAGCUUCACCAAUAAGGACAGUGCAGGUUUUUUUCAGAUUUGUUUUGUUUUACAAACACGGUGCUUUAGACCCAGCAGCUUUGUGACCUUUCUCGCACAUGUGCAGCAUAAAAAAAUGAGACACUAAAAUGCACCAUUGAUGCAGUUUAUAAUACUUCUGAAGAGAUCAGACCACUAAUAAAUUACCUGACAAAAUC